AGCUAACUGUCUCGGAUCAAUGUUACGUAAAUAUGCGCAUGUGUGGCUCUUAGAGGCCUCCGCGUACAGGACAUGUUCACCAAAUACACAGACUUCAUACGUAAAAUGGUACACCACGGGCUCAAACUCAUCAAAUACAUCCCUUCUGGGUUGUUAUGUUGGAUUGCACAGGGAGCAUAAGAGAGUGGAGGAUGUGACAAAGGUGACUAGAAGAGAUCGGAAGAAUCAACUUCCCAGUUGUAUGAUAAAGAAUGGAGGGCGCAUAGGGGUGGAUGCAAACAAGCAAUCAACAAACUCUCUGUUUAAAAGUCUCACUCAAAGAAAACGUAUUGAGAAACAACAUAUAGGUAUCUAUAAUGGGACAGAACCAGAGAAAAGUAUGGGAGGUACAGACAAAGCUAAUAAAAAUGAUGCGUCACACUUCCAUCGUCUCGCUAGCCCUUCGCAUGCACCAAGAGUGCCCAUUAAAACGCAACAGUCGAUACAGAAACAUACUGUAGUUGCACCAAAGUUUGAACUAGAUGAGUGUAACACCAUUGAGAUAAUCAGGAAGGACGUGUUGAAUGCGGGCGCAAAAGAGUGGAGGGUCAUUCUGGCACGACUUCGCGAGGUGUUUUACCAAGAUUACAAUCGCAUCAUGUGCGAGUACAUCCAUUUUUUGCCCGUGGUGGACAGUAGAGAAGACGAGAGAUAUGUAAACGGGUUAGCACUACAGAAGGUGCUCGGAGAUGUGUGCCGGGUGUGUGCAAAGCCCACAAGAGAUGUGUUGGAUACGGCGAUGUCGUCCGUAUUCCGAAGGCCAAAAUACUUGACAGCUGCUAAUAUCACAGGUAAUUGUAUUAAUGAGGAAGUGAGUGUGGUUAGUGGCACAAGAUUGCCUCAAGAAGGGGCAGGUUGUAACCAAAAGGAUACGAGUGUGCACGACUGUGUGCUGGAUUUCCUCACUGCUGGGGCGGUAGGUGAUAAGCAAACCAGUGGCAAACAAGGAGACACCCCUUGCAUUGAGAGUCUGGAGACCAAGCAGAACAUACUCGAAAUCCACACACAGUCAAACGAAUCCUCUAUACUAGGGAAGGGCCUCAUGAAUCGAUUACCGAGCAAUGAUGAAAACUAUGCACCAGCACCGCUGCGAAAGCAGACGCGCAAUUACGGGCAACCACACGAGGUGUCAAAUCAUACAACCCGCACACCACCGUCUGCUAACCAAGCCACGACUUUCAAAUUCGCUGACCUCUCCAUAGCAACUCUACAACAGGCUAUCCGCAUUAUCUGCCCGGAAUCGUGUCCACGGCAUACACGCGACACAGCAACGCAAAUAGCAGAGGAUGAAGCAAGAAGACACGCGUGUGACGAACUCGCCGACAUGGGCAUACGGGCACGCAUGAUAUUCUACAAGUUGACGCAAACAAAUGCGAUGGCAACCAAACUGGAUUUGCAUGGGAACUACAAUGUCCCUCUUGCACGGGCCUUGAUUCGACGCAUGCUGAGGCAUGUGGGAGGGGUGCCUGAGGCCGACUACUACGCGGAAUUCAUGGAGAGCGCUGAGAUGUCCGCAGCUCGUGCUUCGCUUGCGUGCGCGUGUGUGCCGGUUCGUCCCACGGACCUGCCGGAGAUCGUGCCUUCUCCGACUGUGAAGCGUGUGUCUGGAAACACACAGGUACUCAGAAGAUCAAGCACGGCACACGAGGAUGCACGCGAUGGCAGGGGAUAUGUUUACCAACAGUCUGCUAGACCCAGUACGCGGGACAAUGAGUAUUCAGAGGUGAUCAUACUACACGGGGCUUCCCGUUAUUCGAGCGGCUUGCGAGGUGCGACAAGGAAGGAGCUUGCCCGUUUAGGUAUGCAGACAAAAGAACUCGACGAGUGGGAUUGGCUGGAUAAGGGAAUGACAAUCAUACCCCCGUUGGAAAUAGGCAAGUUCUUCAAUUCGAACGGCGGCAGUAGGAAACUGCAGGGACAACGUGUCUCGUGAUGAAUACAGGCGAAUAUAUUGCACCGUUGUGGAUGAGACGAGGUUAGAGUUUGUGGCUAAAGUAAAGAUGGUUAUGUUCA